AUGAUUGACCAGUAUGAUGAGGCUGCCAAAAAGUCCGGGGCGAUUAUGAUACCAACGAAUGGCUUUGAGAGCGCGCCAUCAGAUUUGCUGACCUGGUCAAUGGCUACGAAAAUGAAGCGCGAAUUUGGCGUAAAGGUCAAGGACGUAGUCUUGUCUAUCUACGACUUAAAGGGGGCUGGCAUUAGCGGCGGAACAGCCGCGUCCAUUCUCGCUGCAUUUAGCAAUCUAUCCUUUGCGGAACUCCGCUCCAUGAGUGAUCCAUACCGCAUCUCCGUUUCUAGGCCGAGCGCCAUUCCAUCAACACCACUUUAUCGAAAACUUGUUGGCGUUCAUAACGUCAGAGACAUCGGGACAGUAACUACGGCUGUGCCAGCGGCAUGUGACACGGCCAUCGUGCACAGGAGUAGUUCCCUCAUGCCAAAUCUUUAUGAUCGGAAUUUUCAUUUUCAGGAAUUUGCCAAAGUUCGCAACGUCUUCAUUGGCUUUGCAGUACAUAUGGGUCUUGGCUUAAUUGCGAUUAGUCUGAUGCUACCCCCUAUCCGAUGGCUCGCGAGGAAAUUGCUUCCUGAACCGGGACAAGGUCCUAAGAAACAGGAUACCUUGGCAGAUCACGUAGAAUAUCGUGGUAUUGCAACAGCAGACCCCGCCGAGCCUGGAAAGAAACCUAUUCGGCUUUCGGGUAAGCUCUCGUACCAGGGGCCUGCUUAUCCCAUGACGGGAAUGCUGCUUGCCGAAUCCGCGAUGGUUUUGAUAACCAGCAAAAAGGUUGGGAAGGAUAUUAAAGGAGGCUACCUGACACCGGCGACCCUAGGUGAAGAGUAUAUUACUCGUAUAGAGAGGUGCGGCGUGGAGAUCGAAAUGCAUGCUUUGGAAGAUUGA